CAACGAGAGUUACAGAAAGUUCUGGUCAUUUGGAUGUUUGAGCGUGUACGACGAUAUACGUAAAAAGUAUGUAAAGGUUAUUCAGGAGUCUGACACCAAGUUUGCCCGCAUUCCGACAUGUUUUAUCUAAAAUCAAUUCAAAUUGAAUAGCUACCUGAUUGAAUUUGUCAGUGUUUCCAAUGGGCAGUAUCACUUGGAUUUUGGACAUUAUGGACAACGCGAAGAAUCGAAGGUAACUGAACCAAGGCUCUUGUCUGGUAUCCUGCGCACCAAAAAUUAGUGGAACAGUUUUAAUAAGUACCAUAUGCUUGAAGUGAAAUCGAUCAUAGUAUUUAGUGUCUUGAAUACUUGAAGCAAAAGCGAUUUAGCAAUGUCGUCUCUGGCCUUACUAAAGGCCGUAACGGCCGGCCGGUUUCGACAGGUGCGUCUCCUCCUUGACUCGGGUUCAUGUUACGUGGAUUGUACGGACGAAUAUGGACAGACACCGCUGAUUAGGGCAAUACUCAUUGCGAUGGACGUAAGCCGGGAUACGAUUGUCCGUAUGUUGUUGAAACAUGGCGCCACGGUCAGUAAGACGGAUGUUGUUGGACGGGACGCACUUGCGUGGGCAUGUUUGUACGGACGUGAUGUCAACGUUGAACAACUUCUUGACCACGCUGACGGCGAAUUAGAUUUAAACCGACCCGACGUCAACGGACAAACGCCGCUGUUUCAUGCAGUCGCUUCCGGAAGUGCGUCCACAGUUAAGUCCAUGGUGGAGGUACUUCUUAAGUACGAUCUCUCCGUAGAUGUACAGGACCACUUUGGUACGUCGCCUCUUAUGCUUGCCGUGAGGCUCAACCACGACGUCUGUGCAAGUAUCCUAAUCCGAAACGGUAAGGCGAAAGUUGGACUCGGAAUGAAAUACCCGGAUGAUUUUAACAGAGCAGAAAAGUGGGCAGUACAAACUCUGAGAAACAGACAGAAAAUCAACAGGUCGGCAUUCCCAGCCAACGUUAGUUCUCCUGAGAGAUCCCGGAUGCUACGUCCUGGUCGGAUGAACAGUCUAGUCAAUGGCCAAGUGGUCAAGUUACAAUUUCCGCCAAGCUCCGACUCCGAAUCGGAUUCAGAUUCCUUGGAAAGCGAAGAUUCGGAACUCCUUUCCAUAUAUACUUCCGGCGCGGAGACAGAAGACGUGUUGAAAUACUGUAUGAAGUUCGCGCCAAAAAUAUCAAUCCCUCCUUCUAUAUUAACAGUUAGCCCAUCGCUGAGCACUGUCGGUAAUGUCUCAAGUGGGGACGAGGUCGACACCUACUCUACUCCAUGUAGUGACCGCAAACUGGACAACGGUACAUGUUUAAACCAACUUUACGGGUUAGUUCAAGACCAGAUGACUACGUCAUACAGACCCAUGGUGCACGCUCCCCCGUAUUCACCUUCACUCAUAAACAAACAACUAGCUUCCGAGAGGAGUGACGUCAGCAACAGGUCCACAAGGAGAGGAAGGAAAGGAAUCGACAUUAUCCAGAAUGUAAUGAACCCAACCUUAUUAAAACGCCAGACUGCCGGGACAUUAUUCGGGGCGACUCCUCGAGGCACGCCAUUACUGGACCGAAGGACUUUUCCAUCCCCCAUGCAGAGGGAGACCACAUUCCCCCUCCUUUCGAACAGGCGGACGGACCUCGUAAACAUCGAGGAACAAGAUGGACGAAACCCCUAAAACUGACAAUAACGACUCUUUAAUGUAACACUCAAAAUAUAUGUGACAUAUUCCAUAUAUGGUUUAGAAUUUCAUUUUUUAUAUAUGGACCGCGGGGUUCGAAUUCCGUCCCACGCCCCUGUGUUAUCGAAUUCCGUCCCACGCCCCUGUGUUUUCGAAUUCCGUCCCACGCCUCUGUGUUAUGCAAUUUAUCAGAAUAUCUUAUUCAUCAUCAUAUGAUGUAAUGGGCGGUGUGACGAAAUGUUAAACUAUUAAAAAGUGUUGAACUUA